GUGACAGAACAAGAACGCGAGAGCCUCUACCUCAAGUGGGGAAUCACACUAAACUCAAAACUUAGGAGGGCACAGUUGGCUAACAGGUUGUGGAGCAGGACGGACGACAUGAACCACAUCACUGACAGCGCCUACUUAAUUGCAAGGCUUAUCCGGUUUAUGGACAUCGGGCAGGCUCCCAAGGAAAUGUUCGGACUCGACUUUGGAUCACAUGCUUUACCAAAUUACAGCUUUAAACGCAGUCUGAUUUCUCUUUUGUAGUAAAACUUUGUGAAAAGGGAUGUAUGUUUUCUGGGGAAUGCUACAGGCACACCACCAUUUAACCCUACUUUAACACCAUAUAUACAUAUUUUUUUAUUUCUAUUUUUUAAAAUAAUUGACUUCCUUCUCUCUCCUCUUUAAUAUCCCUUGACCCCAUGUUCUUUCUCCCUCCAUCUUCUUCGUCCCUUUCUCUUUUUCUCUUU